GCUUAAAGACCUGAAGAAUGGUGCAAAACAGGAAAUCACAACAGUCCAAACUCUCAUUACUGUGAAGUUCAGAACAAAAGAAGAUGGAACCCUGCUCUUUGUUCUUGGAAAAGGACAUAUUGUGUUGAUGGUAAGAGACGGACGACCUGUGUACACUUCAAUUGAUCCACUAGGGCAUAUGUCAGAGUUUACAGUGGAGCUGUUGGUUGCUGAUGGUCUUUGGCACAUCCUGUCCUUAUUGACCAGUGGGCGUAACAAUUCACUGUAUGUUGAUGACAAAAUGGUCUUGAACAUUACCCAAAAAAACAUGGACUUAAGACUUUUUAGUUUGGAAAAGAUUAUUCUUGGUGGUGCCCCACCAAGACAAAUAAAACUCCAACAGACAGGAUUUAGUGGAUGUGUGGAGUAUCUGAACGUCAGCGGUCAUACUCUGCCUGUCAGUGGACACAGUUUAAUGGUGGAGGUCUGGCCGAGCUCGACUCUCCCGCAGUCCAGCUGCAGCUCUCCAGGUGUCUGCCUCUUCUCACCAUGCACUGAAGAGACCACCUUUUUGAGAACAUGUCUUUCAGUCUGUCAGAGCCGGAGGCCGUGCAGACCUGCAAUACAGAAUAGGCCAUGCAUGUGUCUGCAGAAUGUCUCCAGUCAUUUUUGUGAUGUCUGCAUUCCCUCUGUCAGUGAAGAGUGCUCAGAGAAACAGCACAACAGGCCUUUUUGGAUUAUAGCGGUGGUUCUCCCUCUGAUCUCCAUCCUGGUGAUUGUAUGUAUGUUUGCAAUUCUGUACAGACUGAAACAGCAGGAUUCAAUUGUUAAAAAUGAGAACCUUACACAUGAAACAGGGGAAGAAACUGAAAAUGCAACAAUUUGUUUUGAUGGCAAUCAGGUGCCUAAAGCUGGACUUCCAACCUCAAAAGGGAAACGAAUAUGUCCAAGUCAGUCAAAUGAGCAGCUUAAUAGUUAUGGACAGCUGAUGCUUCCGAGUGAGCUGGAGUAUUACCAGAUCGGCAGCAUCUGUAGUGCAUUUAAUUCUGACAACAACUCACCAAGACUCAGCUGGCACAAGCAUUUAUGCAGUACAAAACGUCUUAAAAAUGAUUCAAACCAGUGGGGGGAUCUGAGGAGGCUGCUAGGUAAUUUAAAGAAAGACAAUCCUGGUGAACAGAAAUGCCAUCCAAAGCCUCAAAAUAUUUCCUCAUUUCACAAACAAUCACUGUGUCAGCUUGACGCAGAGCAGCAGAGGCAGAAUAUGUCCUGUUAUACAAAAGAAUUUCCACAGCCGGAGCUCCUGGAGCCAACGCAGCCACUUAGCUUAGAAGAAAUUAGCAAACUGAAUGUUCCUCUUGACCCAGCGUUUUCACAUCAAACGCUUUUAGAGACUGGACCUCUAGAGCCCACUAAUACAACAGAGAUCUCAUCUGACUGUGAAACAGACAGCACGUUUACUUGCUCCGAGUCUGACUAUGACCACUUUAACAUUAUUACUGGCAAAAAAUAUAGGCAUGAGCAGCCAUUCUCAUCAGAUUACAGAAUAAGCCAGGACAUCUUUGAACUAACAUCCUCCUCCUCUUUAAGUCAGGAUAUUUCCAAGACGGAUCCCUUUACUAUGUUUGAACAAUGGGAAAAAAAUGUAAAUGUGCCCCUGACUUUUGGAAGCUACGCUGCAGUGUUUGAGGACAUUGCAGGGAUGCCCAUGGAGUUCAGUCAUAGCGCUGACAUGCCAUGUGAUGAGGAAGAAAUUAUUUGA